AAACUGGUACCGGCAAAAUUUGUUCGCCGAGUCUAGGCCGGCGACGGUGGUGUGCUCGGAGACUCUCAAAUUCGGGUCGGCGGAGCGAUAGUUCUCUUGUCGAUCGUGGUGCUCUCAUUGUUCGAGCCCCCCUAAAUUUGACCUAUUUUCUCCGGGGAUUCGAUCCCCCCCCCCUCCCCGAUUGGCAAGUUGGAGAAGAUGCCGCAGGUAAAGAUCAUCGCGAAGAAUUUCAUGGACAUGGUGGCGGCUCUGCCCGCCAUCAAACUCGACAAGCUCUACAACAAUGUCUUCAUCUGCGAGGCCAUUCUCAGGUCUUUGCCUCCUCUGGCCAAGAAAUAUGUAUUACAGAUGUUGUACAUUGAUGUGCCUGUGCCCGCCAAGCUGAUGAAAGAGUGGGUGCUUGCAGAUGGUGUCUCUAAGCACAAAGUCGCGAUCGAUCGGUUAAUUCAAUUAAGGAUUCUUUCAGAAGCGGUUGAUAGGAAAAAGGAAACCAGUUACAGAUUAAAUCCAACAUUUCAGAGUAAUCUUCGGAAACAUAUAAUAUAUGGUGGAGUUUUACCGAGGGAACCUCUGCCUUCAAACAAUGCCAUCAAGCUCCCAAGUCUGCAAGAACUAGAAACUUAUGCCCUUCAGCAAUGGGAGUGCUUCUUGCUACAACUCAUAAAUUCAGCUCAAGCUGAUAAGCUAAUUGGCAUCAGUUCUUCCAUGAUGAAAAUUUUCCAACGAGGUCUUUUAACUCAAAGAGACAGAGAUGGCCCGAGGUUAACUGAGAGUGGCUUUCAGUUUUUGCUAAUGGAUACAAAUGCUCAGCUUUGGUACAUCAUCCGGGAAUACAUAACCAAUGCUGAGGAGCGAGAUGUUGAUCCCGCAGAUCUGAUUUCAUUUUUGUUAGAGCUUAGUUUCCAUGCUACGGGAGAGGCAUAUAACAUAAAUACCUUGACCGAGGUUCAGAGAAAUACAAUCAAGGACCUUGCAGACUUGGGAUUGGUCAAGCUUCUACAGGGCAGGAAAGAUGCUUGGUUUAUUCCAACUAAGCUGGCUACAAAUCUAUCAGUCAGUUUAGCAGAUUCAUCUGCGAGAAAAGAGGGGUUUGUCAUGGUGGAAACAAACUUCAGGAUGUAUGCUUACUCGACAUCUAAGUUACAUGCUGAAAUUUUACGUCUUUUUGCGAGGGUAGAAUACCAACUUCCUAACCUUGUAGUCGCCGGAAUUACGAAGGAAAGCUUGUAUAGUGCGUUUGAGAAUGGCAUCACGGCAGAACAGAUAAUUUCUUUUCUGCAGCAGAAUGCCCAUCCACGUGUUGCAGACAGGAUCCCUUCUGUUCCAGAAAAUGUAUCCGACCAGAUACGGCUUUGGGAGAUGGAUCUGAAUAGAGUAGAGAUGACACCGGGUCACUUCUACGAUGAAUUUCCUUCGAGGGAGGUGUUUGAGGCAGCUUGUGACUUUGGCCGUGAAUGGGGAGCUCUGCUGUGGGAAGAUUCUAAGAAAAUGCGUCUCAUUGUGAAAUCCGAAAUUCACACUCAGAUGAGAGACUUUCUUCACAGCCAAAGCAAGUAAGCCACUCCGCGUUUUGAUUGAUCAAGUUGCCCAAUCUCUUUCUUUAAAAAAAUCUUCUUCAGCCAACGUGCAUGUUUUUAAAUUAAAACCCUUUAAAGAAGAGUUUAUGUGAUUUGAGGUUAAGAGCAAUUGUUAUAGCUUUUGUGUAUUUCUAAGCCUAUGUAGUAGUAAUAUGUAGCGUUGCAUGCGUUAGGGCCACACGGCUUUGUUUGAACCUGAGGCCAUUCCUUUUUAGGAAAAUGGUUUUGAUAAGCAAGCCUUCGAAACAUUA